AUGAAUUAUUCAAAUGCAAUAUCAAAUUUAAAUUUUUCUAGUAAUAUUCAUUCUAAAUCAUCACGUUCAUUUAAUACAAAUGAAGUAAAACAAAUGCUUGAACAAUUAAUUCAACAAAUAAUUGAUAAACAAAAUGAAUAUGAUUGUGAUAAAUGUACUCAAUUAUCAAAAGAUCUUUCACAAAUAAUAAAAGAUGCAAUGAAAUCAUUAAAUUAUGAGCAAUAUAAAUAUGUUAUACAAGUUGUACUUGGUCAAUGUCAAGAUGAUAAUUUAAUGAUGACAUGCCGUUGUUUAUGGGAUAUUGAAACAGAUAAUUAUGCAUCAUAUGUUUAUUCAAAUACAAAGAUUUUCUGUGCUGUUACUGUAUUUGGACUUUUUUAUUAUUAA